UGCAAAUACACGAUAGCAUUGUUAAAAAAAGGUCGAUUCAUGGAAUAACAGAAAUUUUAAAAUUAAAAUUCACAAAAAAAAACAGAGCGUCAGUGCAAUGCAGCGUAUAAACAACAAAGGGGAAAAAAACAACUGAUUUUGCAUAUUUAAGCUGAGCCAACAAAGAGAAUACGUUGCAAUCAGUUAUGCACGAUAAUUAAAUUCACUUUCAUUGGAAAUGCAUUCAAUUUGAAGCAAUAUUGCAUACGGGGAAACAAUACAAUCGACUCGUGUUGCAUAAAACAUAUUUUCAUCUUUGUCUCAGCACCAAAUUUGCAAUUCAAUUGAAUGUGUUGCAAUGCAUUGGUAAAAUUUUCCCCGAAAUGACAUAGAACUGUUUUGGAGUUGAGUGUGAGAAAACAAGUUUCAACCCAAAAAAAUGACAACUUUUUCUAAAUAUUUUCAACAAGCCGCGAGACAACUUGCUUGUGAUGAAGUGAUUCAUGUGGGAGAAACGUGCUGGCAAUCAACCGUCUGGAAUUUCACAGGAACCAUUGCAAGUUGUACAAAGUUUGUGCUGCCAUUGGCCCUGAUUCCAAUUAUUAUGAAAAUCCGUCAUCUAAAUAAGGAUGUGUUUCGGCAAAGUUUCCGUAUGUUUGUCGACUUUUUUUUGGGUGCUUGGCUGGUGAGUGGUUUGGGUUUAUCAAACAUUUGCUUAUUCAGAAAAUUAUUUGGAUGCUUCUACUAUCCGACUGUUUUGGCCGUUCCAUCUGGUUUGGGUGCAUUUAUUAGCAGUUGGGUAUUAGCUGAACGCGCCAAUUACCAUUAUGCUCAUGGUCUGUCAACAGUUGCGUUCCAAGUUUCACUUUUGCGUGGUGAUUUUUAUAUUUUUCGAAUUUUGCGUAAUUCCCGUUGGGCAAUUACAAUUGCAUUCAUGCUGUUGAAUGCAACGCUGAUGCAUGGAUUGAGAGAGAAUCGAAGCGGUCGAUUUUAUUGGUUGACCCAACCGCUAAAACCAAAGACCGACUAUCAUGAAUUCUACGAAGAGAGUCAAUACAUGGAUAAACUAUCGCCCAUUGUUCGCUCACAAAUCAAAUGCUGUGCACAUGAAAUGAAUUGUGACUCUUACAUUUAUGAAGGUAUAAAAAAGUUCUUCAAGUUUGGUCUUGGUUUGGAGAUUGCCCGGAAUAUCAUUUACAACUAUAGCUUAAUAUUGAAGAAUCCGUUAAAAUUUUUCGAAGUCUUUUUUAAACGGUUAAACUGGAAUUUGGUGCUGUUUUUAGUUGGUUACGUGGGAAUUUACAGAUUUUUAAAUUGUUGGUUGAGUCGUCGUAACAUCUAUUUGAGUGAAGAGGUUUCGAAGAAAGAUAAUAAGCUGGCUUCAUUGCUGUGCGGUCUUGUUUUCUAUUUGUAUCCCGAUCAAUCGAUUUUCUCUCAUACGGCCAUUACCAUCAUUGAAAUUUAUUGGAAGCUCUACUACGAACAAAUCAAAUCAUUUGUGACAUGGAUCCCAUUGGACAAAAUCAAAAUUAUUCAUAUUGUAUUUCCGAUCGUUUUCGGGUAUGUUACACACAUUCGUGCGUUCAAUCCAUGGCUGGCACCACCAAUUCUCAAGAAGCUAAUGCAUUUGUCAACAAAUUAUAAAGACGCUGCCAUUGUCACCAAGUAUCAUGAGCUUUUGUUUGGUUUAACACCGCAAUUCAUACUAUAGGUAUGGUUUUUUUUUAACCAAAAAUUUGCGCCAAUAAAAAAAUAUCACGC